CGCCCCCUGAGAUUAUUCCGCAGUGCGCGAGACGAGCCCGUCCUUGGAUAUCCAUUACUAGCACUGCAGUGCAGAGUAAAAGCUGCCAGCACCGCCACUUCCGCAACAAAAACUACAAGAGAGAGAGAGAGAGAGAGAGAGAGCUGCGCACGAGAACAAGAAGAGUCGGGCCCACCCAGCGGAUCCCGUGCACGGUGCAGAGGGAGGUCAGUAGCUAAUAAGCUUUGGGCAGGCGAGGCCAGCUUCUUCUUGAAACCCGUUGAUAAGCGGCCAGCAAAACGGCGCUCGACAUUCUCCACACCUCGGCGUUGCGUCGGCAGCAGCAGCCCGUCCCGAGCAGCAGCGGCGGCGGCGGCGGCGGCGGCGGCGGGAGCAGCGGUCGUUCACGCGGCGGCGGCGGCCUCAUCAUCGAGGAGGACAGGCGAGUCCUGAAGCUCGACAUUAGCAGCUUGCUACCCGGCAGUAGCAGCAAAAUGGGCAGGUCGCGUUCGCGCAGCAAGAGCCCGAGCAGGCGGCGUCACAAGAGCAAGCACUCGCACAAGCAUCGAUCGAAAUCCCGCGAGAAGCGCUCCAACAGCAAGUACAGCGAGAAGCCCCGGGAGAAGAGCUCAAAAUCGAGAAAACGAUCGCACUCCGUCUCGUCUAGCAGCGGCUCCGAUGUGUCCGAUGACGUGCACAUUGUCACGCACAAAAAGCGCUCCUACAGAGACAGGGAGCGGAAAAUGGACGAGGUCGAGAGACUCGCCGAGAUGGAGAGACAAAGUAGGCGGCAAAGGGAGGUGGAGCAAAAGAUAGUGGAAGAGGAGGCAGCCAAAAGGAUAGAGGACCUUGUACAGAAACGAGUGGAAGAAGAGCUCGAAAAGAGAAAAGAAGAGAUUGAAGCCGAAGUGCAAAGACGAGUAGAAGAGGCUAAAAGAGCCAUGGAACGCCAAAUGAUGGAGGAAAUGGAGUGGCGGCAAGCUAAAUUACGCGAAGAGGAAAAGAGAAGAGAGGAGGAAGAGCGGAAGAAGCGCGAGGAACUUGAGAGGAUCAUAGAAGAGAACAACCGAAAGAUCGAGGAGGCUCAAAAGAAAUUGGCCGAGGAAAGGCUCGCCAUGGUGGAAGAGCAACGGCUGAUGGAGGAAGAGAGACAGAAAAUGCGAAAAGAACACGAAAAACGCGUCAAGGAAGAGCAGAAGAAAAUCCUUGGCAAAAACAACUCCAGACCGAAGCUCUCGUUUUCGCUAAAGCCAGUUACGUGAGUCUAUUCAUUCGGUGUAGUUUUUCAUGUGAUAUAUUACAGUCUCCUUCGGUUGGUCUCGCAUCGGCAUGGCCUUCUGAUGAGCAGUAAAGGCUUGUCCUUUUGAGACUUUAAUAAAUCGAUGAAAACGGGCGAUUGUUUUAUUGCUGUAAAAUUGAUUGUUUUUGGCGAUCGAGAAAAUCGUCUUGUAUGAGAUUUCUUAAAGUUCCAAAGGCUAGUGCUAUUGUUCUAUAUAGUUUUCCAAAGUCGUUUUAGCUUUGGGAAUGUGUAUAACAUUUUGUUUUAUUUUAUUUAAUCUAUUGAUCAUUUUAUUAUGUAAAAAGAGCGUUUCCACAAGUGUAACAGCUGAAGAUAGUUGUAAGAACUAUGAUUUAAUAUGAACUAUACGGAAUCAAAGGCGAAUCCAGUUAAGUGUUCGCGGUUAUUACUAUAUAAGAUUCGCCUUGCGAGUUUUUCAGCUAAGCGGAUAAAAGCGUCAAGACUUAAAAAAGAAUAUAGGAGUGAAUGCUAAUAAACUAGAUUCGUUUUAAAUUAGCAAUACCAUUUUUUACGUACACGAUAAAAAUGAAAUACACAUACUUAAUAAAAAUAUAUACGCUAACGUAUACACAUAUGUGCUCUAUGUGUAAUUAAGUUUCCAGAAGAAUUCAGAAUGAAACGAAAUUAAUAAAUUCCAUCGAUAUUGUGUAAUCUUCCUAAUAUGAUAAAGAAUAAACGACAAUUUUUCUAACAA